CCCUGAGAGCUUCCCUCGCUCUCGCGGCAUGCGUUCUGCCCCGCUGCCCCGCUGCGAGAGGAAGGGCGGACGGACACCUCCCGUGGCCCAGCCUCUGCCCCUCAUCCCACACACCGAAAAGGGGAAGUCUCAGAGAAGGAAGUCUGCCCCACACAGUUACCUCGGCUGCAAUCACGUUUCUGUGCCGCUGCCUGCCCCAGUCCCAGAGCCUCGCGCUGACCGCCGGGGCUGCGCGGGGCCCAUGGAGAGCCCGGUGAAGGAUGGCAUCCUCUAUGUGCAGCACUGCAAAUUUGGGAAGCGCUCCUGGAGGAAGGUGCGGGCGCAGCUCUUCGCUGCCAGCCCCUCCGGCGUGGCCCGCAUGGAGAAGUUCGACGUGCGGGACGAGGGCAAGAUGCUGGACAAAUCCUCCCUGCGCCGCUGCGCCCGCCGCGUCAUCCGCCUCUCCGACUGCGUCUCCGUGGGCCCCGCGGGGGCCGAGAGCUGCCCCAAAGCCACCGCCGCCUUCUACCUCACCACCACCGAGAAGAACUACGUGCUGGCGGCCGAGCAGCGGGACGAGUGGAUCGAGCAGCUCUGCCAGCUGGCUUUCCAGGGCACCAAGCAAGCAGCGCCGGGCAGCGCCAAGCCCCAGCCCAGCCCCGAUGUCCCCAUGGAGGAGAAUUCCCUCUACUCCUCGCGGCAGGACCUGACUGAUUUCUCGGUGCUGGUGCUGCGCACGGACUGCGGCGCUCGCUGUGGCCUCCACGGGCACUACCUGCUGGCCGCCCUGCCCCAGAGCCUGACGCUGAAGGACGCGCAGUCGCGGCAGCCGCUGCUCACCUGGCCCUACCCCUACCUCCGCAAAUUUGGCCAAGAUCAGAACGUCUUCUCCUUCGAGGCCGGCCGCCGCAGCGACUCCGGCGAGGGCACCUUCACCUUCAGCACCCCGCGGGCCCUGGAGCUGUGCCGCGCCGUGGCCGCCGCCAUCGCCUCCCAGCAGCAGGGCCAGGACCCCGCCGAGCCCCAGCUCUCGGCGCAGAGCCUCGAGCCCCCUCCCCGGGGAUCAGGGGCCAAGGAUCCGCAGCCCAGCCCCCCGGUGGGGAGGGCGCAGCCCCCCUCGCACCCGCCGCCCCCCCGUCUGUGCUUCCACCCCUCGGAGCCUGAGCCCCCCGGCCCCAUCGUCUACGCCUCCAUCGCUCGGGGCCAGCAGCCUCUCUUUGGGACGGGCCGCCCCCCUGAGCACCUCUACGAGAACAUCUUCACCGCUGAGCCGCGGCCCCCCAGUGCCCCCGCGGAGGAGGAAGAGGAGGAUGAAGAGGAAGAAGGGCGCUGGGAGCUGGGUUCUCGCCAAGCCCCCGAGGGCCGCAGCAGCGAGGCUGCUCACGUCUAUGACCCCCGCAGCUCCCCGGCACCUCGGCGGGGCAGCCCCCAGCCCCCUCCCCAGCAGCCCUGGGCUCGGGGGGCUGCGGAGGAGCCCCCGGGGGGGCGCCCGGGCCCUAAACCCCCCGGCACCCUGCGGGCCCGCUUGGUUCGCCUGCUGAGCCGGGAGGGGCCGGGCCCGCGGGACUGGCUCUGAGCCUCCCCGGCCGCGUUCACCCCCGGCUGCUCAAUAAACGGCCUGUGCCGCACCCGG